AUGGGCCCCUUGAAAUCAGAACCAAUGGCAGCACUAAAUGUCAAAGUAGGAGAGGAGGCAAAUGAUGAACAUUGGUUUUCGUUACCAGAAAUGGGAGUUGUUGCUGCUACAACCUUUCAGCUGAUCUUGAUCACGCUUUCGGUUGAUGGUUCAUCUACAUUUGUACCCAUUGCUGGAGCACCACCCACUGAACCGCUUUGCAUAGUACUUGGACAUGUUGACAAGAUCCACUGGGUGCAGGUGAAAUUGGCAGAAGGUCACCUAUUCCCAAAAAUUGUUCCCCUAUGGGAUAGGAACUGUGAGUCAGAAGCAAGUGAGUGGAAAGAGUUUUUGAAGGACCGAAUGCCAAUUGUAAACCCACCGGCUGCAGAACCAUCAAUGGUACAUCUUAAGGACACCCCCAUUAACGAUCUCAGUUCAGUGGCGGAGAUAGAAGUAGACAACUGGAAAGAGGGUACAGCGGACCAAAUGCCAAUUGCAAAUUCAACGGUUGCAGAACCACCACUGGUAGAUCUUAAUGACACCUCCAUUAAGGAUCUCAGUUCAGUGUUCGCGGAGAUAGAAACAGACAACUGGAAAGAGGGUACAGCGGACCAAAUGCCAAUUGCAAAUUGCAAAUUCAACGGUUGCAGAACCACCAGUGUGGAAGACAAUGUUUCCUCACGUGAAGAAGCAGAAAUGACUACUGAAGUUAAUGAAAAAGAUCAUGAUGAUCAUGAUGAAUUAGAAGCAUCUCAUGAGGAUGAAGAACCUAAAGUUGGGAUGACAUUUAACUCUGAAGAUGAAGCUAACAGGUAUUACAAGAAUUAUGCUCGACUUAUGGGUUUUGGAGUUUGUAAAAUAAAUUCUAAAAAUGGAGAUGAUGGGAAAAAAUAUAUUACUAUAGGAUGUAGUAGAGCAAGGAAGUAUAAGAAUAAUUCGAAGAAUCUUUUGAAGCCAAAUCCUACUACAAAAACAGAAUGUAAGGCUAGAUUGAGUGCAUGUGUUAGUUCUGAUGGAACAGUUGUGGUUUCAAGAGUUAAUCUUGGGCAUAAUCAUGAUCUAAGCCCAACAAAAGCACGAUUUCUUAGGUGUAACAAGAAUUUGGAGCCUCGUAUAAAAAGGAGAUUGGAACUUAAUGAUCAAGUUGGGAUUAAUGUGAGUAGGAACUUUAGAGCCUUUGUUGUUGAAGCAAAUGGGUAUGACAAUCUUACAUUUGGAGAAAAAGAUUGUAGAAACUAUAUUGACAAGGUAAGACGCUUGCGGCUUGGGACAGGAGAUGCCCAAGCAAUUCAAAACUAUUUUGUUAGAAAACAGAAACAAAAUAGUCAAUUUUAUUAUGUCAUGGAUGUGGAUGAUGACAGCCAUUUACGAAAUGUAUUUUGGGCAGAUGCGAGAUCUAGGAUUGCGUAUGAAUAUUUUGGUGAAGUUAUCACAUUUGAUACCACUUAUUUGACAAAUAAGUAUGACAUGCCCUUCGCUCCUUUUGUUGGAGUAAAUCAUCAUGGCCAUUCUAUGUUGCUUGGUUGUGCUCUGCUAUCAAAUGAGGAUACUCAAACUUUUACUUGGUUGUUCUCAAGAUGGUUAGAAUGUAUGCAUGGACGUGCUCCCAAUGCUAUAAUUACUGAUCAAGAUAGAGCAAUGAAAAAUGCAAUUGAGGCUGUUUUUCCAAAGGCUCGUCAUCGGUGGUGCUUGUGGCAUAUAAUGAAAAAGGUUCCAGAGAAGUUGGGCAGACACUCUAAUUAUGAGUCCAUCAAGAAGCUUCUGCAUGGUGCUGUAUACGAUUCUUUUAGCAGGUCUGAUUUCAUGGAAAGAUGGGAGAAAAUGAUUAAGGAUUAUGAGCUGCAUGAUAAUGAUUGGUUGAAAGGGUUGUUUGAUGAGAGAGAUCGUUGGGUUCCUGUGUUCUUGAGAGACACGUUUUGGGCUGGAAUGUCAACAACACAGCGGAGUGAAAGUAUGAACUCAUUUUUUGAUGGGUAUGUAAACUCGAAGACCACACUGAAGCAGUUUGUUGAACAAUAUGACAAUGCAUUGAGAGAUAAAAUCGAGAAGGAAAGCUUGGCUGAUUUUGGUUCAUUUAAUACAGAAAUAGCUUGUGUGAGUAUUUUUGGCUUUGAGUCUCAAAUCCAAAAAGCAUUUACCAAUGCAAAAUUCAAAGAAUUUCAAGUAGAGAUUGCUUCUAUGAUGUAUUGCAAUACUUGCUUUGAGAAAAUGGAUGGCUUGCAGUCAAUAUAUUCUGUUACAGAAACCAAGAAAGUAUUUGACAAAAUGAAAGAUAUAGUGUUCAAGAUAUCUUUCAAUGAGGAAGAUUGUCAAUUUCAAUGCACGUGCCUCUUAUUUGAGUUUAGAGGAAUUUUAUGCAGGCAUAUCCUUUCUGUGCUUAAGCUUACAGGCAUAACAGAUUCAGUUCCAUCUUGUUAUGUUUUGUCACGUUGGAGAAAGGAUAUAAAAAGGAAGCACACACUUGUCAAAUGUGGUUUUGAUAAUUUAGCUGGAAAUACUGAAUUGCAACGACUUAACAAAGCAUGUGACGCCUUUUAUGAAGCUGCUUCUGUGGGGAUAAAUACUGAUGAUGAUUUAGUAACAGUAAUGAAUUGGAUCAAUAGCUUAAAGAAUGAGUUAAGCUGCAAAGAAACACCUCCCGAAAUGAAUACAACACCAAUUACAGAUCAAGACAACUCAAUUCAGGAAGAAGGUACUAAGAUUCUUGACCCUAAGGUAACUCGAGGUAGAGGGCGUCCUCCUUCAAAAAGGAAGGCUUCUAAAGUUGAUCAAAUUGUAAACAAGAAGAUUGCAACAAAGAAAACGCAGGAAGGCAACCAAAAAAGCAAAAAUGUUCAAAGUCAAAACAAGGGCUCAAGUACAUCUAGUGUUCAUGUAAAUAAGAAUGAUGGAUUUAUAAGAUCUCAAAUUAUCAAUGAGAUUGGAACACAAGAGAGCAUUCAAGAUGGGCAAAGUUGCUUUUUGAGUGGCAAUGGUAUUAUAAAUCAUUUAGCUCCCUUCAAUCCAAAUCAAAAUCACAUUGGUCAAGUUCCAUAUUAUGCUCAAAUAGUAAACCGUGGUAUUGGCUAUUAUGAACUUGUACAGGCACAACAUCAUAUAAAUAAUCAGCCAUCAUCAUCAAGACAUGAUCAGCCAUAA